AUGGGGCAGCGGAGCAGAUAAGAGUGACCGCGGCGGAGUGAGACGAAGGCCUCCAGACACCCCGAAGCUCCCCGAGCUCCUCCGACUCCUCCUGCUUUGUGUCCGUUUGCCUCUUUAGGUUGUUUGUGUGCUGCUCGCGGAGCCUCACGCGCUGAUCGACAAAAACGGGAAUGAAUGAGGAGAGCAGACUGUGGAAAAGUUUCUUUUUUAGGCUUUGAUCUUCGUGAGGGCAGAAACCAGUGAGCCGAGCCCCUGAGGAGUGAGUCCUCUCGCGGUCACACGAUCUUUGGCGCUAGCUACACACAGCUACAGCUAACGGGGACCAGCGGACCGAGCGGCGGCUCCUCGCUUCGGUAUGAUGCCCGGUGACAGCAGUAUGGCCUCCCUGGUUCAGAGGAUAGCUCGGCAGGCUCUCGCCACCUUCAGGAACGCACCCGCGGUGGGCGACGAGGCUUCCAAGGCCUUCCUGGAGAACCACGGCAAGCUCCGGAGCCUGAUGUCGGAAGUGCGGGCUGCCGACCUGAAGCUCGUCCCACGGAGAGCCGAGGACGGCGGCGCGCCCCCUGCUCAGCACCCGUAUCACCGCAGUGCGCCCCCGGUCACCUACAUGCACAUCUGUGAGACGGACCAGUUCAGCAUGGGGGUGUUCCUGCUGAAGAGCGGGGCCUCUAUCCCGCUGCACGACCACCCGGGCAUGCACGGCGUGCUCAAAGUCAUGUACGGGAAGGUCCGGAUAAGCUGCUUCGACCGGCUCGAGCGACCGGCCGGGGGCGGGGGCGCGCUGCCCCGGGCGGAGAUGGGCGCUCUGCGGCGCUACGUGCUUCGCUCCACCGGGGAGUACACGGAGGAGAGUGGACCCUGCGUCCUCUCCCCCGACCGGGACAACCUCCACCAGAUUGACGCCGUGGAUGGGCCCACAGCUUUCAUGGACAUCUUAGCCCCGCCGUACGACCCGGACGACGGCAGGGACUGUCACUACUACAAGGUGCUGCCCGGGGAGGGGGUCAAAGACUCGGAGCAGACGGAGAAGGAGGUCUGGCUCAUGGAGAUCUCGCAGCCUCCGGAGUUCUGGUGCGGAGGGGAGCCGUACCCGGGCCCGGAGGUGUGCCUCUGAUCCCCCCUCCACCCUCCCGGAGCCCUGCAGCCUGGCUGGAUCCACAAAGGAUCUCCAGUCAUCAUCAGAGCCGCCAGCAGGCGCAGAGUAAAGGGCCAAAUGUGGGAUUAAACUGUGGUAAAGGGUAGAAAUGAUGCGUCAGCCCUGCAGCACACACUCUGCGAGCGUGAACUUUAUUCACUCCAGCUUCUGCUUCAGUUGGACAAACAUCGGAGCCUCAGGCAACAGUCAACGACUUCCUGCCUGUGCUGUGAUCCCCGUGGAUGUGACGGUCAGGAACCCACAUCUGAAUCAUCUGUUGAUGUGCUCACUUUCAGGAAGUAGUUUUAUUUUUAAAAACUGAGG